ACGUGUAGUCAGGGAGGAGGUAUGCGUGUGUGUGUGUCUAAAAAGCAAACACGCCCCCCUGUCAGCCCCAAAGAAACGAGCUGCCUGCAGGGACACGCCUUGUACUACCUCCCUCUGCCUGUCUGUGGAAUGCCAGCAAAAUACGAGGGUGCGCGCGCAGGUGCGGCUGCCAGACUCUUUGUAUGAGACGACGAAAGUGCUGUCCACCUCCCCACAGCUAACGGAUGUGUUGUUGACGUCCCUCCCGCUGUUUCAUAUCAAAAAUGAAGAGAUAUGAGGUGAGCAGACAUGGUAACACUAUCGACUGUGAUUGGCUUCCUGUAAUGUCGAGACAAGUCGAAUCAAGCCGCUAACGACUUCACUCGGAUAAACGGCUGCACUGCAAUUGCACUUUUCAACCGGUGACGUCAUCUCCACUGGAGCAUAUCGUGUGCCAGACACAGAUCGAUUGAGUUGUGCACAGGUGCAAAAAGGCAGAGACAUGUUCUUGCGAGCGGCAUGUAGCGUACGUUGGUUACGAUCGAGAGUUAUUGUACUUGUGUAGGGAAGAGUUCUCGCCCUUUCAUUACCGACUUGCUGUCGUAUAAUGUGAACUUUGGAUCGAUUGAUUUAGCAGCAGCGCGUGUUUCAAGACAAGCAAGAAUGGGGAAUGUCAGAAAAAUACGGUUUAUGUGUGUCCAACACUGGGUUGUCAUUGCUGGUGCUUUGAUGCUCUCACUAGCUGCAGCGCAGAGCCCAUGCGGAUCUUGCCCUCCUAAGACCUACUGCGUGACUGGGACAUCCAACGUGUGCGCUGCAUGCAAUCAAGCGUGUAAAAGUUGCACUAGCCUGGGACCACAGGGGUGCACGGAGUGCAGUGACGGUUAUCACUGGGAAAAUGGAAUCUGCGUCCUGUGUCCAGCAGGCACGUUUGGAAGCGGUUGCAGCGGCAUGUGCCAUUGUCUGGAACCCGGCGCCUGCAACGCCACCAACGGACAAUGCAGCGGCAAGUGCGAAAAGGGCUACUACCUACCUCCAGCCUGCGUCACUGAAUGUCCUAACGGAUCUUACGGCCUGGACUGCCUACAGAAAUGCCACUGUUUAAACGACUCAGUCUGUGAGAAAGCUCUGGGUUUCUGUCCAGGCGGCAUGUGUCACCCGGACUGGGUCAGUUACGGGUGUAGCCAACGCUUACCCAAGCUGAUAGAUCCACCUGAAGUCCUCUUCGCUACCUGUGGCUAUCUCACCGUUGAGUGGCGCAGGUGGAGCGCUGAGAUCGAUAUAGGCGACUUACCUAUAAAGGAGUAUAGACUGUACAAGAUUCUGGACUCCGUGGACCCAAACAUUACCUGGAGUCACGUGACUACGGUGCAAGAGAAUGUCAACGUGACGCAGUACGUAGUAAACGUCACCGGCCUGGUGCGUGACGCCUCCUACAAAUUCCGGGUGGAUGUCCAUUACUCUGAUAACGGCAAAGUUGUGGAAAAAACCAGUAUGGGUGCUUCAUCGGUGUCUGCCAUGGUGCCAUGUACCACAACUACAACGCAAGCACCAGUGACGAUUCCCAUCAUCGUAGGUACUGAUAUUUUCACCGCUAUGGCUUACACCAACCAGCCAGAUGGCUCAUUGGUAGUCACGUGGACAAUGGACCCCAGCCUUGACAGGUUUCUGUGGAAUGUCAGUCUGUCCUAUCAGAUGACAGGCAUCGGCGACUGCUCCCCAGUGACUGGCAGCCCCACCACAUCAAUCAACAUCGACCAGAAAAACACCUCCUUUCGGUUGGCCAGCCCAGGUUCGUGGCGGAAGUACCUGUUCACACUGCAUGCCCAGGGGACAGGUGUGAUUUCAGCCGUCAACGGCAGCAAGAGUGUGGAGGCUAUUAGUGCUGAAGUGGCUCCAAAUGCCAGUGUCAGCGGCAUUCAGACAACGGCUCUCUCAAAGGACAGCGCUACCCUGCAGUGGGUGAGCGUGCCGUGCGCAAAUCGGGGUGGGACCCUGCUGUACUACACCGUCAACCUCAACACGUCAGGCUCUCUCCUACACAACACCACCACCACCACCAGCUUCACUUUCAACGGCCUGACACCGUUCAACCGUUACCAAGCGUCAGUGCACUACGUCAACCGGGUGGGGGCUGGACCCGAAUCUGACGUCUUCACCUUCACGACCUCGGAAGCAGUGCCAGGAACAAUGCAAAUAAAAGAACUCGUUCCCUCAGAAACUAACAUUACCGUUAUCUUCGACCCGCCCGUUCCAGCCAAUGGCAUCAUAUUGGAGUACCAGAUCUCUUACAGCUCCAAUGUAACCUUCGUCUCUCCUGAAUCACUCACCAUUAAUGCCACGUCAUCAGAGCCAGCCGUUAUUAGAAGACUGACCCCCUACACAGUGUAUUAUGUCAAGGUUCGCGCCUCGACCAGUGCUGGUGCCGGCCCCUACAGCACCGUGCAGCAAGUCCGCACCCUGCAGGCCCGUCCUUUUCCUCCUUCCACCAUCCGUCAGAAUUACCAGAACAACACGUGCCUGGGUGUGACCUGGGUGGCUCCAGACCAAACAACGGUGGCGAUCACUGGUUAUACUCUGACCAUUGUGAAAAGCAGUAUCGUGGUCGUCACGGAAAAUAUUCCACCAAACGAGACAAAGUAUCUUCGUUGUGGACUGGACCCCGGCACCGCCUACACGGUGUCCAUGGUGUCCAACUCCGGCACUGGCUCAGGGGAGGCCAUCGAGAGAACCUUCUACACGGAGCAGGGGAUCCCGAGACAACCCUCGCCACCUCGUCUUGUCAGCAUCAACACUACCUCCGCGGUGAUCGAAAUCGAACCGGUGACCUUAACCGAGGGACCUCUGACCGGGUACCAGAUCGAAGUGGAGGAAACCCAAGUCAGUGGGCGGAAGAAACGUGUUGCUGACGUCCCUGGUUACGUCACAGCUGAACUUUCUCCCCAAAAUGUAACGGAACAAAGAAGGUUCGAGAUCGGAGACGGACAAAAAUAUGGUGGCUAUGUUAAUAAACCUCUACUGCCAGGACAAGGUUACCAAGUGCAUUAUGUUGUUCUCAGCGAACUGAACAAUGUCACCAAGUACUCCGUUAGCAAGCUUCCCCAACCGUUCACGACACUAACAAUCCAGUCCCCGACCACACAAGCGCAGCUCCCAGUGGCUGAUAGUUCCCUCGAUAUUGGUGUGGUGAUCGGGAUCAUUGUCGGUAUUAUCCUUUUGAUCAUCCUCAUCAUCUGUAUCAUCCUGAUCGUCUUGUGGCGCCGAAAGCAUCGAAACGGGUUUAAGCCAUCGUACUUAGAGCUUGAGAAGCCCAGUAGUAAGCCAGCACCCCCAAAACAGAAGGAUGAAUACGACCCGGAGAAAUACUGGAACCAGAUCUCUUCUGUGCGUCAAAGCCGUUACAUCACCUAUGGGAGGGAAUGUCUCCCUGACAACCAGAUUCCCUUUGCGGGGAUAGAGCCCAGCGUGCCGGCUUCCUCGCGGGUGACAUUCUUCAAGGAGUUCAAAACCUUGCCUCACAAGAGCGACCAGGCGACGAUGUUACAGGCCCAGAAGUUCCCGGAUCGAAACCGCUUCCCGCACCUCCUGCCGUGCGACCAGUCGCUCGUGCCGCUGAGGCCGGACGGCCACUCGAUGUGCCCCUACAUCAACGCCAGCUUCGUGUCCGGCUACCAACGGUCCAACGCCUACAUCGCGGCACAGAGCCCCUUCGACGACAGGACAGCCGUGGACUUCUGGCGACUCAUCCAGCAGUGGGGCGUCACCACGGUUGUCAUGGUUACCAACAUCGUUGAGGACAACAUCGUCAAGUGCACACAGUUCUGGCCGCAAUCAGGAAAGGCUACAAUCGGCGGCUUUCAGCUAGAGCUGAUUGACGAGGAUGUGUAUUCUGACUUCACGAUCCGUGUGGUCAGCGUGGACGACACGACCACCCGCACUGGCUACAAGGUUCGUCUGUAUGAAUUCACCUCCUGGCCGGACCAUGGGGUGCCUGAUGACCCCAUACCGUUUCUGGACAUGCGCUACAAGGUUUACCGAAGUCAUGCUGACGACCGAAGCCCCAUCCUGGUGCAUUGUGGGACAGGUGUGGCCAGGACCGGAGUGUUCAUCGCAGUUGAUUCCUUGAUUGAGCAAUAUGCUGUGGAAGGUCGUAUCAGCGUCUUCGCAUUUGUGCGGAAAAUGCGGCGGGAGCGCCCUCACAUGGUGCGGACCUUCAAACAGUAUGUCUUCAUCUACGAGUGCAUCCUGGAGUACUUCCAGGCCGGCCACACAAUGGCGGAUGUCACGACCCUCAAGAAGAUGUACCACGACUGGACUCAGACUAACGGCAAGACAGGUCGCUCCUUCCUGUUCGACCAAUUCCACCUCCUUCAGAGCCUGACGCGCGGCCCCACCCCAGCCCAGUGCGCCGCCGCCUGUCAGCCGCAGAACGUGCACAAGAACAGGUACCCGGAUGUCGUGCCACCCGACGCCAGUCGUCCGGACCUCUCCACCCCGACCAAGUUGUCAGACACCGACUACAUCAACGCCGUUUUCAUCGACGGCUACAGGCAAAGGAGGCGGUUCAUCGUGACCCAGACGCCCCUGCACACCACCAUUUUGGACUUCUGGAGGAUGGUGUACGAUCACCGCGUGCAGACCAUCGUCAUGAUGGAGAACUUUGGCGACGAGGCCAACAACCAAGGCGAGUACUGGCCCUCUGACAGCAUCAAGCAGUGGGAACCUUUCUUCGUGGAAACUACGGCAGCCUAUCAGCAGGAGAACGUGACGAUAAGGAACUUCAAGCUGAUGAGCACCCUCAGACCCAAAGACAAACCUCGCUACAUUCGCCAGUUCCAGUUCAACGCCUGGGCGAAAACCAACCUGAUACCGGUGUCUAAGACGAUGGUUCUAGACUUACUACAACUGGUGCUUGAGUACCAGAAGAUGACCAACUUCCCGGAUAGUCCUAUAGUCGUCCACUGCCAAGAUGGCGCUACUCACUCUGGGCUGUUCGUCGCACUCUCGUUGGUGGUGGAGCGGAUCGAAGAAGAUCAGGAAGUUGACGUCUACCACGUUGUCAAACACGUCAAACGCCGCCGACCCCAGGUGUUGUCUGACUAUGAUCAGUACCGCUUCUGCUACAAGACCCUCUGGGACUACAUGAACCUGCGCAUGAUUGGAGGGACCUUCACGGACACGCUGGGACAGACCAAGGCGGACAAGACCUACGGAGUGGCCAGCCUCAGUCUGACAUCACAGCCAGACAGUCUAUACUGAGGUCACUGACAGACAGUCUAUACUGAGGUCACUGCUAGACAGUCUACACUGAGGUCACAACCAGUCUAUAGGCGCGUUAGGAGCAGGUCGGGACAUACCACGUUGACAACUUCAGUCCAGACUUCGUGUCCAGACUUCCAGACAUCGGUUUCUAGCAGUUGUGGUGUUACAACAAACAGUCUAUACUGAGGUCACAAACAGUCUAUACUGAGGUCACAAACAGUCUAUACUGAUGUCACAAACAGUCUAUACUGAUGUCACAAACAGUCUAUACUGAUGUCACAGUCUAUACUGAUGUCCCAGCUAUUCCGAGGUCUCAUCACCAGCACCAAAGCCGACCAUUUCUGUGAUGUCCACAUCUUGCCAGUUCGUGCCAAAGCCCUCGCAGGACACGAAGUUGCCUCCUGCUUUGUCUUUCUUGCAGUGUAGGAACAUUCCUAUUGUGUUCAGUCUUCAGGAGGUGAUCAGACCCAUCAAGUAUUCUCUGACAUUUAUUCUUCAUGCGCUGCUGCUGUGGCUUCAUUCUCACAGCUGUUGCUGGUUUGUUCUGAAUUAUGAAGUGAGGAAAAGAGAACUGAAGUCAUUACAUAACUACUUAAAAUCUCAUAAACUGAUUUAAAGUUUCACUCAGAUGAUGAUGAUUGAUGAUGAUGAUGAUGAGGAGGAGGAGGAGGAAGAGGAGGAAAAACAAUUUGAUGCAAGUUAUAAGUGAAACUGAGAAUAUUUAUAUCUUUGGACAUUUGAAUAUUUCUGUGCUACUCUGCAAUAGUAUUUAAUAUAUUUUUAGAACUACCUACUGUUAUUAGAUUUUAGUAGCAAAAGAUCAUUUUGGUAUUAAAAAGCACUUGUAUAUUAUCUCUAAUAAUCCAAAAACUAAAUAUCUGUGCAACAGAGAACCUUCAUAUCUUUGAGUCUUUAUAUUUAUUUUUAUUAUUAUUAUUUGAUGUUAAGUUAAACAAAUGCCAAUAAGCUACAACAGUGUCACUUUUUGCAUGGAAUGUAGCUUAGUAAGACUAGUGAUAUAUCAGGUUUGAGUUACAAAUUAUAUAACUACUACUCGUAGUUAAGUAGUAAUGGCACAAUUUUCUUGAAGCUGACAUUCUUUUGUGAAUUUAAAGUUUUUUACAAUUUUAUUUGUUAUUUUAGUGUCGCUAUAGUGACAUUGUCUCCUCUUAACAACAAAUAAUUUUAAUUUAUUAAUCUUUUCCAAUAUGGCAGAAUUCAAAUUAAAGUUUCAGGAAUACCAAAUACCAAAAUCUCUUUUCUAUCAAUUUUUAUUUCAUCACUAGAACUGUGUUAUUUGUUUUGAAAACAUUUUACAAAUCAGCAGGAAUACAUUUUUCCAAAGCUGUUUCCAAAGCAAAGUUAGCUCUUGACGAGUUAUAUUGACAAAUAUGUUUUAGGAACUGUUGGAGAAAACAACUAUCUCGAGAUCUGUAACAUCAUUACCUACUGUCAUGUUGUGGUGUGGUUGAAUUCAUCACUUUCUUUUCGAGCUAAGAUAUUUGGGGAUGUGUAACAUGUCUGUACAUUGAGACAAGUACAGUGGAAAUGUGGAUACACAAGGUGUGUCUUCUAAACUGACAUGAGCCUUUCUGGCUUUUAUUAUAAAUUAUUUGCGGGAAUGUGUGUGUGUGACUGGGCAUGCUUUAAUACAACUAUAUUUAUAUCGCAAAUAAAGCUUUUUAAAAGUGUUAAAA